CGUCGCCAUGAGCCUGACGGACCUCGAGCUGAAAGGACUCAACAUCGUUAAUGUCGCAAGUUUCAACCUUGGGGGCAAGAACAACCCCGCGGUCCUGGACCUCAACAUGCCAAGGGCGGCGCUGACAGGGUUCUACUCGUCUGGGGGACACCUCCUUAACGUCCCUAUGAAUGGGGAGGGACCCUUGAGCGUGAUCAUACAUGACCUGGCCAUCACGAUGUCUUUCGGUUGGGAAAAGUUCAAUCUUCUCCAGUCUGAUUUUUGUGCGGGAUACAACAGCUCUAGCAUCGACAUCGACCUUCGACGCUUAGAGGUCAACUUCGAGAACCUCAACCCCACCGAAGCCGAGCAGGGCGAACUCAUCAACAUUAUGGUCUCCUCCUUCGGUCCGGACAUCUUCGAUUACGUGGAAACGUUCCUCGACACAACGUUUUACGAAGCCAUUGACAUUGCCAUUAUCGAUGCGAUUAAUAACCAAUCGUGUAAGAGCAAGCCUACUGAGGAGAUGCCGGAGAUCGACCUGAGUGGGAUAAAUGUCGAUACAUUCGUUCAUCAGUUAACUGAGCAUUUCGUUCAGUUCCAGGACAAUAUAAGUUUUAACUACUAGAAUAAUGAAAGAUGGGCGUUCAAUUCACAUUUUAUAGAGGUAUUAACGUAUCUGUAAUUCUUUAUUUUAUAUUAGUUUAAUCUUUUAUAUAUAUAUAUUUUUUCAUUUUAGUUUCCAUCUUCUAUUAUUUCUAACUGUGUAUUUGAUAAUCCAAUAUACAAUUUUUUUUCCUCCUAUGCUCUUGUUAUGGUUAUUAUUUUUGCCUUUUUUGCAUAUCUUAAUUAAACAUAGAUGUUUUUUUCACUAGUCAAGUAUUCCCAGGACAAAAUAAUGCACUUCAUGAAGCAGAAAUAAUCAAUAGUUUAGAAACUACAACAGCAUAGUACAGAGUCGUUUCAUGUAUCUUUAUUUAAGGAUUAUGUUCUUGACAAUGGGACAUUUGUUAUAAUAUCUGAACUGGGAAGUAUGUUUUUCUUUAAUAAAAUGUAAGGUAAUUU